GUUCUUUACUCUUUCCGGUGUUGCGUUUGUUUGGCAGUAUGGCAGCAGGGAACUUGGGUGUUUGGUUAGAAAUUGAAAAGGCAGAAAAAGAAAACAGACGAGAAUUAGUUCUUCAAGGUGCAGCGGUCGAUGAGAAGAUAAAGAAAAGCGACGGGAUUCAUCCGAGACUUUAUUCACUCAGCCUCCUCAAUUACCUAGAAAUCAGUCAGUGCCCGAGUCUGUAUGAGAUCCAUGAAAACAUUAAAAAUUUGUCUCACCUGCAGAGCCUCAUCCUCUGCAGGAACAAGAUCUCAUCAGUGCCCAAAAGCAUCGGAGAGCUGAAAUCGCUGAAAGUCUUAGAUUUGUCAGUGAAUGAGCUGCAGGCUUUGCCUGAGGAGAUCUGUGCACUCAGUGAGCUCACUGCGCUCAAUGUGAGCUGUAACAGCAUCACGGCUCUUCCGGACGGAUUAAGCCGCUGCACCAAGCUGUCCAGCAUUAACGUGGGGAAAAACGCGCUGGUGUGUCUUCCUGAAGACCUGUGCUCCUCCAAACUGGAGCUGCUCAACACUGUCAUAGCGUCAGAAAACAUCAUCGAGCAAUUAAGCAGCGACAUCCACAACCUGCCGGCGCUUAAGGUGUUGGACCUUUCCAGUAACAAGCUCAGUGAGAUCCCAUUCGAGCUGGCUGACUGUCCCAAGUUGAAGGACAUCAACUUCAAAGGAAACAAGCUGAAGGACAAGCGGCUAGAGAAGAUGGUGAACGGCUGCCAGACUAAGUCGGUGCUGGACUACCUGAGAGCGGGGGGCCGAGGGAAAGGAAAGGGCAAGCAACUGGAUGCAGAUGGUGCUGAGCAGAGUGACAAGAAUCGGAACGUGUCCAAAAAGAAGAAUGCUGCGAGACGGAGGGAUAAAAAGGAGGAAGAUGCUGUGGAUGAGUUGCAGAAAAUGGUGGUUAAAAUCCUUCAUGUAUCCGAUUCCCCCUCUGCCAUAACGGUGAAAGUCUCUCCUCAGGUGAAGGAUGUGCGGCCGUAUAUAGUAUGCUGCAUCGUUAAAGGGAUGAACCUGAAACCAGGGAACGCACUCAAGAGGUUCUUGGCAGCUCAGACCAAGCUUCAUGAUGACUUUUGUGCCAAAAGGACAACAGCUACUAUAGCAACUCAUGACAUGAGCUCACUGAAAGGCCCUCUACAGUAUGAUGCCAGACCUCCUGAUGUUCUGAAGAUAGUUCCUCUGGGCCGUAAAGAGAUGAAAGCCGGUGACCUGUUAAAGAUGCUCCAGCAUGAAGCAGAUGAACAGAGGAAACAGAAAAAACGGCAGAAUGUAUCAGGCCUUCACAAGUACCUUCAGCUGUUGGAUGGGAAAGAUCAUUACCCUUGCCUGGUUGAUGCUGAUGGUCAUGUGAUCUCAUUCCCUCCAAUCACAAACAGUGAGAGGACAAAGAUAAAGAAGACCACAUCUGAGCUUUUUCUAGAGGUCACAAGCUCUGCGAGUUUACAAACCUGUAAGGAUGUCAUGGACACGCUCAUUAUAAAAAUGGCAGAGCUGAAUAAGUUUACCUUUGACAAUAAAGACGAGGCCUGUUCAGAUGACGAGACGGACUCGGCCUCUAAACCUGCAACUUGCGGCUUAGCCUCAGCUGAGUUGAGCGUGGUGCAGGUGAAGGUGGUGGACAUGGAGGGCAAUCUGAAGGUCUUAUACCCAUCCAAAACUGACCUGAUCUCUGAUGUCAGCCAUCUGACCAUCAUCCGGUAACCAGCUUCAACAGACGAGCCGUGGAUACUGUAUUACACUUGUAUCUGCAUAAAGAAAACCAGUUUAUUUAUGCGUUUCAUACUCUGUUUUUAAACCCUAAUUACGGUCAAGUAUAAAAGUGUGUAUCUGCAUGGUUUCUGGGUGGGGGGAAAAAUAAAAACCAAAACUCUGAUUUGUUCAUCAGAAACAAUUGCAAGAUGAAGCAUAUUUUGCAAAAAGACAAUACAAAACAAAAAUAAAAUUUUUUCAGAAACUCUUUUGCCCUUACAGUGGCACAGCGUGACCAGCUCACAGCUUCAGGGUCCUGUGUUUGAUCCGGAGCUGAGGUUACUGGCUGUGUAAAGUUUCUGAGCAUGUUCUCCCCAUGUGCACGUGGUUUUCCUCUCGGUUCUCUGGUUUUCGCCAACCUCUCAAAAACAUGCUCGCCUGUGGAUUGGCUAAAAUAAAUAAAAUGUGUGUUCGUUGUGCUUUGCGAUGGACUGUCGUGUUCCCUGGACAGGCUUGAGACCCAGUGCAACCAAGAUAAAUUAGCGCUUACUGAAAGUAAAUGAGUUUUGCCAUGAGCCUCCCUGUCUCCAGACAUGAUUUAAAGGAGGACGUGUGACAUAAUUAAAACUGCCAUCUUAAGAAAUGUGCAUGGGGUCAAAUGUUAGAACAAGAGGAUCCAAAAGCUGCUCAAGUUAUUUGUUAUUCCACGAAAUUGAGUCAUACGCAAGCUGAUAGCCAACGAGGCCAAGUUGGCUACGAGCCAUGUACAACAAGAUUGAGUGGAAUAACUGUUUUUAUGAUGUCCACAUUCACUGGAUUUUGAGAGGGCGUUUUUGUUGUUUUUGCAAAUUUGAUAACUCUAUACAAAACGUCCGACAAAAUAAUUUCCGCUUAGAAUGUAAACAAACCGGUGGAACGACUGGAGCAAUUUGUGAAAAAUGUGAUAAUUCUUGAAAAAUUAAGAGACGUUCUUACCAUCACAAUACUUUUGUUCCAUAAUUUGUUAACCUUUUUUUGGGGGGGGGGGUUCGAGUAGAGUUAUUAUUUCGUCCUCGGUUGGUUCAGAAACGUGUUCCGCCAUUUUGUUUUUCUCCACUCACGGUAUAUGAGCUGAUAGCCGAGUAGUAGAGUAGCCGAUCAAAGUGUGCUAUUGCUCAUAUCCAGUGAAUGUGGAUAGAAUAAAAAAGAAUAUCAGAUUAGGAAAGGGAAUCCAAAUUUUUUGAUAUAUCACUUUUAUACUGAGGAUCUGUGAAACCUGACAGACUAAAUAACUGCUCUAAAACUGUACCAUUUUUAUUUAUAAUUUUGCUAACCUUUGCAUUUGACUGUAAUUAUACUUUUUUUUUUGUUAAACAAUACUGUAUCUCUUCUCAGUUUUUGAAUAACUUUCACUUAAUUUCAUUACAAACAGAAUAAAGCAACAGCUGUACAUAUGUUUAAAACACUU